AUGGAUGGACUUUCCUCGGCUGCGAGCGUUAUCGCGGUCAUUCAACUGACAGGAAGCCUCGUGAAGAUUUGCGGAGGCUACAUUCAGGAGGUGAAAGAUGCACGGGACGAGAUUAUCACUUUACAACGGGCGAUUACAGGUCUAGAAGGGAUUCUUCAAGACUUGCAGUUAUUUCUUCAAAGUAAUGACGACAACACCCUACCUACGUCCUCGCGGUUAGCCAGCAAUAUGACCGAUUGCCUCUCCGACCUUCAAACCUUGGAGGCGAAAAUCGAUCCAGGAACAGGAAAGAAACUGAUGAGGAAAGUGGGUUUCCGCGCAUUGAAGUGGCCCCUGAAACGAACAGAAUUGGAGGCCGCUGUUCAAAAUCUUGAGAGACACAAAUCCUCCUUCAUCUUAUCACUGCAAGUAGAUCAGACAAGGCUGAUCAGAGGAAUUACCCAACACGUUGAGCAUUUUAAUAAAAUGAAAGUUCUUGACGAGCUUCCCUUUGUGCGUGGAGCCGAGUAUAACUCAUACCUAGAUCAACAUGAAGAUAGGUGUCUUCCAGGGACGAGAACCGAGCUCCUUCAACAGAUAAAAGAAUGGGCUCUGUCCCCUCGGGGAAAGUGCCUCUUCUGGUUAAGUGGAAUGGCCGGGGUGGGGAAAUCCACAAUAUGUAGGACUGUGGCGCACUCGUUCAAGGAGACGAAGCACCUAGGAGCAAGCUUUUUCUUCAAGCGCCGUGAGGGUGAUCGAGGGAAUGCCUCAAAGCUCCUCUCAACACUUACAAGGCAGCUAGCGCUUAUGUUUCCUGAGCUGAUUGUUGGUGUGCGGAAGGCUCUCCAUGAUGACCCUGACAUUGCAUCAAGAUCACUGACAGAUCAGUUCGACAAGUUGCUCCUUCAACCGCUGCAACAGCUUAGGUUGUUUGAUCAGAAACCUCCUACCGCAAUUAUAGUGAUUGACGCUUUAGACGAAUGCGAAAAUGAUAAUGAUAUACGAGUCAUAACCCAAUUACUGCCUUAUUUCCAGAAGGCAAGCACUGUUCGUCUACGAAUAUUCUUGACGAGCAGGCCUGAAUUGCCAAUCCGCAUCGAGUUUUCAAGGAUGUCUCAUCUUGAUUACCAGGAUGUGGUUCUUCACGAAAUCCCUAAGGAGUUGAUAAAGCGUGAUAUAACUCAGUUCUUGAAACACCGGCUUUCAGUGAUUCGAAUAGAUCGAUCUUUACCCUUGAGUUGGCCCAAUGACACCGAUCUCCAUGCUCUUGUGUCACUAUCCGUUCCUCUGUUUAUUUUCGCCUCUACAGUGUGUCGUAUCCUUGAAGAUCCUCAGUGGGAUCCUGUGGAGCGUCUUACUGACAUCCUCACUCACCGAAAUGACGGAUCUCAGCUGGACAGAACAUAUCUUCCGGUGCUUGAUCGACUUCUGAAAGACCAAAACCAAUAUCGGGGAAAGCAAUUGCUCAAAGAAUUCCGAGAAGUAGUCGGUACUCUCGUGAUGCUUGAGAGUCCGCUGUCUGUUCGUUCGCUUUCAAUACUCACUGGUCUCUCUGAAAAGUUAAUAAAUACGAGACUAAACUCUCUUCACUCGGUGAUUCAUAUACCCAAAGAUGAGUCUAUGCCUGUGCGGCUUUUCCAUCUAUCAUUUCGAGAAUUCCUCCUCGAUCCGGAAACACGUGACAAAACUCCACUAUGGUUGGAUGAGAAAGAGAUCCAUCAAAAAUUGACUUCACAAUGCCUCUCUGUUUGUGAUAAUCUAAAACGAAAUAUAUGUGGACUACCUAGUGAUGGCACCAAACGCAUGAAGAUUAAUCGCAAGACGGUUUCCCACUGUCUUCCAUCAGAGUUACAGUACUCCUGUCGCUUUUGGGUGCAGCAUCUCGUGCAAAGCAAAGAGCAAGAGUUAAUGAUGCAUGAUGCCUUCCUAUUUCUAAAAAAGCACUUCUUGCACUGGAUGGAAGUAAUGAGUGUCCUAGGUCUUGCGUCGGAGGUUGUGGGAAUAAUAGAUGUGUUGCAGGCACUAAUAGUUAAACAAGCGCAUUGUGGAGUAACCGAGUUCUUACUUGAUGCAAAGCGGUUUGUCCUCAAAAACAAACAGAUCGUUGAUAUUGCGCCCCUCCAAAUUUACAACUCAGGGCUUGUAUUUGCACCCACACAGGCAAUGAUCCGGAGGCAAUUCGAAGGCGAACUCCCCAAUUGGAUAGUGAGGUUGCCAAAUGUUGAAGAAACCUGGAGUACAGAAUUACAGACACUCGAGGGACAUACAGGUCUAGUUAAGUCUGUGGUAUUCUCUCCUGAUGGCCGAUAUUUAGCAUCUGGCUCAUAUGAUAUGACGACCAGGCUUUGGAAUACCUCCACAGGUGCUUUGGAGCAACUUUUAGAAGGCCAUUCAGGCGGUAUUGAGUCGGUGGCCAUCUCACCGAAUGGCCAACUGCUAGCGUCUGGCUCAAGAGACAAGACUAUCCGGCUCUGGAAUAUAGCCACAGGUGUACUACUCCAGACUCUGGAGAAUAUUUCAGGGUCUGUUUUAUCGGUGGCAUUUUCUCCUGAUAGCCGCCUUCUGGCGUCUGGCUCAGGAGAUAAGAUAGUCUAUCUCUGGGAUCUUGAUCCUCAUACAUGUGUUCUACAACGGACUCUCGAAGGUCACUCAGGCGGGAUUGAAUCAGUGGAAUUCUCUCCUGAUAGCCAACUCCUAGCAUCUGGCUCAAGAGAUAAGACAGUCCGUCUAUGGGAUCUCAAUCUUGAUACAGAUGUUCCUCAACAGACUCUCGAGGGUCAUUCAGAUUUUGUUUGGUCAGUGUCUUUCUCACCAGACGGCCGAUUCUUAGCGUCUGGCUCAAGGGACAAGACAGUCCGACUCUGGAAUCGUGACACAGGCGCUCUACAACAGACUUUCGAGGGUCACUCAGAUUUUGUCUGGUCAGUGGCAUUCUCACCAGAUGGCCAAAUUAUAGCGUCUGGUUCGGUGGAUAAGACCAUCAAGCUCUGGAAUAUAGCCACAGGCGCGCUACUCCAAACCAUAGAGGGCCAUUCUAACGGUGUUUACUCGGUGGCAUUCUCCCCCGACGGUCAAGUAUUGGCAUCAGGAUCGUAUGAUAUGACAGCUAGACUUUGGAAUCCUACCGGGGACGCUCUGCAACAGAAUCUUGAAGGCCACUCAGACGGGGUUGAGGCGCUAGCAGUCUCCCCUGAUAACCGACUUGUGGCGUCCGGCUCGAGAGAUAAGACAGUCCGGCUCUGGGAUUUCUCUACAGGAGCUCUGCAGCAGACUCUCGAUGGCCAUCUCGAUUUAGUGAGAUCUGUAGCAUUCUCGCCUAAUGGACGACUUCUAGCAUCUGGCUCUCAUGAUACGACAAUACGGCUUUGGAAUACUGCUACUGGUACACUAGAGCGUAUUCUUACAGGCCAUUUAGACCACGUUAGGUCUGUGGCGUUCUCCCAUGAUAAUCAGCUCCUAGCUUCCGGUUCUGUGGAUAAAACUAUCAAGCUCUGGAGUAUACCCACAGGCGAGCUACUCCAAAUCCUCAACGGGCAUGUAAAUGGGAUUGACUCGGUAUCAUUUUCCCCCGAUAGCCGACUCCUUGCGUCCGGCUCGAGAGAUACCACGGUCCGGCUCUGGGACCUCUCAAAAGGAGCCCUACAGCAGACUCUCGACAUCUUCUCAAGUUGGGUUAGUGCUGUAGCGUUCUCCCCUGACGGACAUUUCCUAGCGAUUGGGUCGAGAGACAAGUCUGUGCGACUCUGGAAUUGUGAUACAGGGAUUCUGCAACAAGAGUUCAAGGUCGGAGGAGCGGUCACCAACUUAGAAUUUUCCGAAGACGGCUUGUUUUUGAACACCAAUCUAGGAUCCCUCAAUCUGCAGCUCUGGCGCGAAAAUCACGUCUCCAAUUCACUUUCCGGAAUUGGAGGGGCAUUGAUAUCGGAUGAUCGGUGGGUGAUUCUUGGUGAUAAAGAGAUCUUGUGGCUUCCUCCUGAAUAUCGGCCCAUUUGCUCAGCUACGAAGCAUAGCAACUUCAUUAUGGGACACGCGUCAGGACGAAUUUCGUUCAUAGGUUUUAAUAUUUAA